AGACGCUCCAAUUGAUGGAACGCCACACAGGCACGAACCUUGAUUCUGUGAUCCCGACUGAACUGGAGCGUCGAUUUGCCGCCGCCACCGCUGGAUUCAUCCGCAAAUAUCCAGAGAACUGUCUUGCGGAUAGGAAUGGACUCUGCUCGGUGCUCGACUCGGCCGUCGAUGACGGGCUGUUCAAGAACGGGUUUAUCACCGAUGUGGAUGCAUUGCGCGUCGUGGACACGGCUCUGUCAGAGACGGAAGAUCAGCAGAAAUCCCACCGGGACCGUGCUCACACGCUCCGGAAACGGAUGCAGGACCGGCUCCGUUCCGCGCACAUUCCUGCCGAGCCCGACCCGCUCGUGAGUGAGGAAGCUUGGGAGGAACAUCGCAAAGGGUGUCAUUUUCCAUUGAUGUAGCCUACAGUCCAUGUUAAUGUUACCGGCGACUUGAAGUCCAAGUCGGGCCAAGUCUGGUCACCUGGCUCGGCUUGAACUCGCGACUUGACCCGACUUGGAGUGCGACUCAGACUUCAAGUCGCACUUGAGUCAACUUGACCAGUCUAUUUUUUGUUUGGACUCAGUAUGUUUACUGUAGUUAGGUUCGGAUCAAG